AUGAUGCAAGACUUCUACGUGGACGACGAGGGACAGUCCAAUCCUGAUCAGGAGCACCAUGAGCAGCACGACGCCACAAUCUCCACAAGAAGCCCAGUGCCGGAGGCUUUUUCGAGCAAGGUUGUGAACGGGGAUACAAAUCGGCAAACGGGCGCAAGCCGGGGGAUGGGCUCGCUCGUGCAAAGAACGGGCACGAGCCAGGAAAGACGAAGAUCGGCCACGAGGCGGAGAACGCGCACGAGGCGGGGAACGGCCGCGAUCCGGCAACAAGGCCAGCCCGAGGAGGCGAAAGCGGAAAAACAAAAUAUCGGGAUGACGUACACGGUCAAAAUGUUAAAGUGGAUGCUGGUUUCGGUGCCGAAAUUUUUCAAGCGGCUGCUGGCGGCGUUCCGGGACCCCCCAGCUUCGGCUGCGGCAUCACGAGACGCGAUUCGGGAGGUUGCCGUCCGUGCCAACGGUGUCGUGGAGGACAAGGGGUUGGGCGCGCUGCUUGACGUUUCUCAUAAUCCCGCACUUAAGUACAGCUACAGCGGUCAGGACAUCCGAAAAACCUUGGACUCGCAUAGAGUUCAGAUUGUGCUCCCGCCCGGCGCGGCCACCGCGCACUCGGCGCUCUUCAACGGCACAUUUGCCAGCGUCCUGGAUGUGCAAAGCACCCAGUCGGGGGCCGGCAUGAAGAGCGUUGUCGCGACCGUGAAGAGGACCACGACCGGCGCAACUGCGCGCAUUCCAGUCAAGUUUCUCCAUGAAUUGCCGAAGCUCGGCGAAAUAUUUACGCCACUUCAGCCGUUUCCCUGCGUCAUGACGAACGGCAAGACCGCGCGCCUGACUUGUCACCCCGGGGGCGUGUUUCGCUGCUUGGGGUACAGGGAGAUGAAGCGGAGCAAGCGGGUUUCCAUUCGGUUUACGUCCUAUAGCCCGUUGGUAUUAGCGGACGGCAACGACGUGGAUGAGCGGGACGGCCGGGGGGUUGAAUUGGAAACAGAAGAUGGCGGCGUGUCCGCGGCGCAGAUCUACGUGUUUUCUGGAGCUUCUGCAAAUGGUGUCCGUGUGUUCUCGCCGAGACUGAUGCAGGGCAGCACGUUGAUACAGGAAGCUUCAGGCGCGAUGUUGUUUUCGCCGCGAACGGCGGAAAGAAGGAAGCGUCUUGCUCUCACGCGUCUGCCACCAGCAAUAGUGGCGUCCCACCGAAAUGCCUCCGAGGGCGUAGUCGACGCGUCUUACUUGGCCCUCAACACGUACAUGCACGGGCCAAAAAGCGCGGACGUGGCUUCGCGAAUCUUCGACGAGACGCUUCUCUACGCCGACGGUCUCAGUCGGUACAUGUGGCCUGCCGCGACGGCCGCGGAUCUGCGGCGGAUGACGGUCGUAUUGCACCCGUUCCAGCGCACGGCAGUACUUUUUCCCGUGUCCGGGCCGAUGAGGUCGCUGCAGUUCGAGGUAGAUUCGCUCGCGACCUUAUUCGACGCCACGCAGGUGCUCAAGGUCGACCUCGCCGACGACUCGGCUUUGAGUUACGCCCUGGGAAGCUUGCACCGCUCGAGCGCUGGGUACACUACAGCAGGGCGCGACUUUGCUGUUAUGAUCAACCAAACGGUGCGGCUCGCUGAUGCUGCCUCUACCGGCGGUUCCCGCGCAGUCGCCCUGGAAACGUUUCUCGACGGCAUGCCCGCGAGCGGACUGCGAGCGGGAUUCGUCGUGACCAGUUCGAUCGCGGAGCAUCUGGGGAAGUACGCAAAAAAGUUUGGCCACGUCGUCGCCGAUGCGGAUGCCUCAGGCGUGCCGGAUUCGUGCCCGGCGGCAGCUUCGUUCACACAGGUUUCUUUUGGGUUUUCCUGGAUAAGUACCCUGGCCGUUACUUCGGGCAAUAGCCUCGUGAAUGUAGUUGGUGUAAUCGGCUAUAUUUCCUUUUUCUUUGGUAUUGUUGCUUUGUUAUAUGUAUUGUACAAGGUGUACAAACAAAAUGCUACCAGCCUAUGA